AUGCAUUACGGUAAUGUUCUGGUUCUUGUCGCGGUGAUUUACACUGUACAAGUAUUUUGUAGCGAUCCAUCUAUUCUGCACAUGCCAAAUGGUGGGCAAGAUGCUCAGAAACUUGUCGCCAGCAAGGAUGGUACCGGACUGUGCUACCCUCGAGGACAGCUCGGCUUUGAUCUUCACACUCUGCAGCAGCACAACAGGUCGGCUGACCAACAGUCCGCCUGUGUUUGGUCAGACAGCCGCAAACAGCAUUACUGUGUGUUUGCAGAUCCACAGUUCGACUACGGAAAGGGCAUAACCAUGAUAACGACGGCUGAGCGUGCCCGGCAUAUUUUCAAGUCCAAUGCGUCUGUGGCAAACCGUACCAGCUCUGCCCGCGUGUCACUGUUCAGAACCAAUGCCAGCGGUCGCAAAGGUCGAGGCAUAUGCUCAAACAGCCACAUCCCAGCAGGCAGUCUCAUCACUCAAGAGUCACCAAUCCUUUUCCUAGACGCGAAUUGGAUGGAGAACACGAUGUCUGAAGAGGAUCUUGAUACGCUCCAAGCAUUAGCUAUCGAAAAACUACCAGAAAUCACCCGCCAAGCAGUUCACGAGCUCUACGGAGGCCCAGAUACAGACAGCCUCAAGGAAAAGAUUUGGACGAAUGGAUAUGGAGUCUCCGGUGGGCCUACAAAGAACUGGCCAGGGUUGAAUGACGAGAUGGAUUCCGGCAUGAUUGCGGUUCAUGCGAAUAUAUCUCUGACGGAACGACAGAAGAUAAACCAUAGUUGUCGCCCGAACGCGGCGCCUCAAUGGAACUGGGAUAUCUUGGCACACAAGUUAUACGCAGUCCGCGACAUUGCUCCUGGGGAAGAGAUUACUAUGCCCUAUUUUGAUACUAUAAAAACCUUCCAAGAGCGUCAACACCAUUGCAAGGCUAGCCAGUUUGCCGACUUGUCCGACGAUCGUAUCAACGAGAUUGUGUUGCUGGAACAGUCUCUGGAAAAUAGGCAAAUCGCACCGGCCGAACCAACAGCAAUGGCCGAGUUGCUAGUCAGUCUAUACAAGCAAGAGGGUCUGGACUCCUUUAUUAGCAAGGCAUAUGCAAUUGCUGCACGCGAAUGGAAUGGUGCAGGUUAUGAGUAUCAAGCACGUUCAUGGGCAUAUCAGAGUGUCAAGGCUGGUCUGAUCGCUGGUUCAGUAGGAUUGAAGCAGGGGGAUCUGGAGGAUAUGGAAGCGUUGUUGGAUGGGGCAAGGAAGCAUUGGUCCUGGAGAUACCGAGUACACCAGUAG